ACCUAUUGAAACGUAGCGCCACCCUGUGGAGGAUGAUAGGAAUCCAAAACGCAUUCGUUAUAUAUUUUUUUCUUAGAUAUAUUCAAAGGUACGGUAUAAUGGUUCCGUUAGUAACACUGUCACGUAACAACUGAGGAUUUCGCCGAAAUGUCCUGGUAUGCGUUAGUCUCCAUAGCUCGGGAAAAGAAUAUGUAGGUCAGAUUGUAUUCAGAUUUCCGUAAUCCCGAGUUAGUGACAGCGUUCCCAAAAAAUAAAAUAACUUUGGGAGUAAUUUCAUUUUGUCAAAAAGAUAUAAAUAGCGCCCAGCCUCGUGCCCUAUAAUUUCUGGAUAAAUACAUAAAUGUGGUAUUUAAUCCAAUUGCUACGGUGGAAUCAGGCCUCACGAGACAGCGUUGGAGUCGCUGGUUCAUGUCUUGCUUCCAGGAACUCGUGACAAACACUACAUUUAGCCUGGCCUCCGACGCAGAGGAGCGGCUGCUCAGCCACCUGUUGGGUCCGGAGCACUACAACAAGCUCAUCCGACCCGCAGUGAACAGGAGCCAGCUGCUCACCGUUGCCAUCCAGGUCUCCUUGUCCCAGCUCAUCAGUGUGAAUGAAAGGGAGCAGAUCAUGACCACGAAUGUGUGGCUGAACCAGGAAUGGAAUGACUACCGUCUGACGUGGGACCCCCGAGAAUAUGACGGCAUCGAGAAGCUCCGUGUCCCCUCUCAGGACAUAUGGCUGCCCGACAUCGUCCUCUACAACAAUGCUGAUGGGACAUAUGAAGUGUCUUUUUACUGCAAUGCUGUGGUGUCCAACACGGGCGAUAUCGUCUGGCUUCCCCCGGCGAUCUACAAAAGUGCCUGCAAGAUCGAGGUGAAGAACUUCCCGUUUGACCAGCAGAACUGCACUCUUAAGUUCCGCUCUUGGACCUACGACCGCACGGAGAUCGAUAUCGUCCUCACUAGCGACUUCGCCGGCCAGGACGACUUCACGCCCAGCGGCGAGUGGGAUAUCGUGUCUCUGCCGGGCAGGAAGAACGAAGACCCAGAUGAUGCGGCUUACCUUGACGUCACUUACGAUUUCAUCAUCAAAAGGAAGCCUCUCUUCUAUACCAUUAACCUCAUCAUACCUUGUGUCCUCAUCACCUCACUGGCUAUCCUGGUCUUCUACCUACCCUCCGACUGCGGUGAGAAAAUGACCUUGUGCAUCUCCGUCCUCUUGGCCCUCACUGUCUUCCUCCUCUUGAUCUCCAAAAUCGUCCCACCGACCUCAUUGGCUGUGCCACUGAUUGGAAAAUACUUGAUGUUUACAAUGGUCCUGGUGACCUUCUCCAUCGUCACCAGCGUGUGUGUGCUUAACGUGCACCACCGCUCUCCAAACACCCACCGAAUGCCAGACUGGGUCAAAAAGCUCUUCCUGGAAAUGCUUCCCACCUUCCUCUUCAUGCACAGACCCAGAAGCCCCAAACGAUGGGGCAGGUUUCACCAGAAGCAGCGGCAGGUGUCCUACGAUGACCUCCAGCUUGUCCAGACCAACGUAGACUCCUCCUACGUGAAUGAGGAGUCGGCCAGGAAGUAUGAGUGGAAGAUCAGCGACUAUCCUGAGAAUGUGGAGUUCAGGAGGAGGUUGACCCUUAGCUGUGACUCUGAUACGGAGGAGGUGGUGGAGGGCGUUCGCUUCAUUGCGGAGCACCUAAGGAACGAGGAUGAUGAUGAGAGUGUAAUCAAAGACUGGAAGUACUUGGCCAUGGUGAUCGACCGACUCUUCCUGUGGAUAUUCAUCCUGGUCUGCGUGGUGGGAACACUGGGGAUGUUCACACAACCCUUGUUCCAAAGCUACAACAGGCCGACUGCAGAUGAGGGGUUUGCCGAUGUCUAGACAAACCAAGCUGGGUGUGAUGGCAUGAGCUGCUGCAGGCGGCGAACCAGCGAACACGUGCAGCAGGUCGGACAGCACAGAAACCCGUGCACCAACAUGGCUGCCAUCAGCCUCUAGCUGAGGUCAUAUGACGGAAGUGGGAUGAUCCCACUGAGAUCAUAUAACCAAAGUGGGGCACUGAGCCUGUUUAAUUCUCAGGGGCUCAAUACACUCA